UACUGUGGCUACAUUCUCCUGUUUUCCGGCGCAUUUUUUAUUCUCCUCCAUCUCCGGGGAGGACAGAAAUCAAAGUUUAUAGUUCUUUCUUGCGUGAACCCAAAACGCGAACAUGCCCAGCAAGAGGAAGAAGAACAAGCUCCGCAUGAGAAGGGUGCAGGCCCAGAGGAGGGUCCUUGAGGAGCAGCAUUCUACUGGCGCAGGCAAAGGAACCCCAGGAGUGGCUGCCGUGGCACCCCCCAGUAGUAAAGGUCCAGUAGUAAAGGUCCCAGUCGUAAAGCCCCCUGAAAUAUCCAAUUGUCACCCCCUUAUUCCCCCCACUAUAGUAGUAAAGGUCCCAUUCGUACAGCCACCAGCCCCAGUCAAAGUACCAGAGCCUGAGCCUGCGGUGGCGGUUGUAGAGCCUGAAGUGGUAGCAGCUGAGGUUGAAGUUGAGACCCCAGUCGAAGCUCCAGUGGAGGUUGAAGUCGAGGCCCCAGAAGAAGUCCCAGUCGAGGCCCCAGAAGAAGUCCCAGUCGAGGCCCCAGAAGAAGUCCCAGUCGAGACCCCAGUCGAGGCCCCAGAAGAAGUCCCAGUCGAGGACCCAGAAGAAGUCCCAGUCGAGGACCCAGAAGAAGUCCCAGUCGAGGCCCCAGUCGUAGAAGCAGAAGCUCCAGUUGAGCCCCCUACAGAAGAAACUACAGCAGGGCAGGAAGUUGAAGAAAGCAUCAUUCCAGGGACUGAGCCAGUAACUGAGGCCAUACCCAUUCCUGAGGCCCCUGUGUCAGUUCUUGCUGAAUUUAAGGUCGAAAACUCCGUAGCCAUUACCACAGAGAUCGCACAGACUCAUGACGAGCCGUGGCUCGAGGCUGAAGUGGAGGCUGAAAUAGUUGACGAGGUCCAAGCGAAAGUAGAGGCAGUAGUUGAGGAAGAACCAGAGCCCGAUCCCGUGGUCAAGGCCGAAGCUGCCCCAGUUGUAGAAGCUGAACUUGAACUCGAAGAGUCGGGAAUCAAAGACGGAGACAGUCCUUUUGUCAAAGCUGAAGUCAUUCCUGAAGAUAUUGAUGUCGAAGAGCAUGAGACUGUUAUGACAGAGGCACCUGAAGAGGUUCCAGUGGAGACAGAAAUUAUCCCAGAAAAGCUGUGGAAGCCCGUGGAAGCACAGGUCGAAGAAGCCCCCAUAGCCGAGGUCGCUCCAGCAGAGCUCCUCGUAGAGGCCCCAGUAGACCCUGUCAUCAACAUAAUGGCUGACUUUGCCAUCACAGAAUCUGUUCCCGUUGUGGAGGCAGCCAUGGCUGAGCAGGUGCCCGCAGUCCCAACGGAUUCACUUGACGCCCUAUCGGAGUUGCUGAACGACAUCACUCGAGUCACUGAGCCUGCCCCUGUCACAGCUGAAAAAGUCAUUGACGCUAAAGAGGAUAUUGAAGCCCAGAUGCAAAUCGAGGCUAAAAAGGAUGCCAUAGAUGAGAAGAUGGUCCUUGACGUCAUCUCUGGAGAUUUAUCCGCCCCCCACCCUGUCAUCUCAGAACUGCAGUGUCACACGCAGCUCGCCGCCCCCAAGGAUAUCCCAGCAGAGGCAGUGCUGAAUGGACAGAUGGCAGCUGAGGUGGCCAUUGAGGGAUAGAUCUCUAUGGAUUUCCUCAGUCAGUAUGAAGGACUGAAGAGAGCCUGACGGUGAGCCGACCAGCGAACUUUACUUUUCAUUUUUUAGGGCUUAAAGGGACCGCUGGGAAAUUUGACAGACAUCCAACACUCAGUGCCUUUCUUGCUUGGGUUUUUACAAAAAAAAUAUUAAACAAGUUUAAAAUGCGAUAUGAAGGUGGGGGAAUAAGACUUUUUUUUUUUUAUCAGAAUGUGACAAUUUGGAAUAAACAAAUGAUGGCUUUCAUAGAUUUCUGUAUCCCAUUGCGUGUAUUGUGGAUUUGCAUCAAUUGUAAAUGGCAUGCAUUGUGUAUGAAUACUGUAGAAUUGAUGAAUGUGGCAAUGGCUUGUCUUCACAUUUGGACCAUGUUUGUAUGGAUGAGAGGGAUUAAUUCCUUGUACACGUUUCCUGUUUUAACCUGGUUUGACGCCUUUUUGUGAAGGGACAGUAUCGCAGUUUGUACAGUACCAUAGCUACCCCCUCUUCUCCCUAUCCCCAUUGUGGUACUUUUGUUUUUUCAGGGACUGUAUGAUGACAGCUCCACCCUCUUUACUGUGUAGUGUCAGUGUGUCUACAGUCCCAAGUCUGUCCUGGGCAAUGUGAAAUGGUGUGUAGUUUUAGGUCCUCUGACCAGAUGCUCUUAACAUUUAAUUACCUACGCUGCCAACUGAAAACAGAGUACGGGGGCCUGUAGAUCCUGUUUUUAGUUUUUCUGUUUUGUAUAGACCAUAUGAUGUGGUACAACCGCUGUUUGUGUUCAGUUACGUGCUCUGGAAGAGACCAUGGGGUUGUCAUGUAAUUGAGGAGCUGGGUUGGAUUUCAUUCACCUUUUUGAAUAAAGA